AUGAUUGAAAAGGAUGUGGCAUUGAAUGACAUUAACUUGAAUAAGCAAGGCUCGAAUGUAAGACUCAAGGGUGCCCUCAAUGGUGGAAAAUCAGGUGCAGAGUGUACGAUGAGAGAAUAUCAUGGUCAGGACGGCCAUUGGGGACUGUUAGGCUCAGAAUAUGCGUCGAAUGCUAAUAAGUAUCGCUCGGAUGUUGAUUCUUUCCUGCAAAGUCCCAGCGUGGGCAAAUUUCAAGACUUUAGCACGAGUAUGACACGUUUAUACUGGGCAUACCUGUGGAAACAUCAGCUGCGUAGAGUUAGGGAUCUAGCAAAACUCAACAUGAUGGCGGUUAUAAAGCUUAUAGAAAUGGAGCUAUACGAUUGUGCAGAGCAAGGCUGUUUGGUUGCUUUCAAUGGGACAAAUCCGGAUCGCAUCGAUUCGCUUCAUCAGCUUCUGUUAGCCGACUUCACUUCUUACAAUGCUCAUUGUCUCACUACGCUGAAGGUUCUAGCGCUACAGAUAAUUAUCAAGACUAAAUCACAUGAAGGGUACUGCAAUACCAUCCUCAAAAUAUUUGGCAAAGAUACCCGAUUUCUGUUGCAGGGCGGUACGUCGAAGGUACAUUCCUUGGUCAAGUUACUACUUAACUUCUUCUCCUUGCUCCCAGACUACAAAGUUUUAUUUGGUUUGAAACUACUGCAGUACGUCAGACAAUUUGAUCUCAACUUUGAAGGGUUUAUCAAAAACAUGACACUCCCUCAAUUUCAACAUCACAUCAUCAGUUGGAAUAAACAGCACUUGCAGGUCAAGAUCGGGAAAAGCUUGGGCAUAAUUUACUCCGGCUAUUCGAAAUAUUUCACAACCACAGAUAAAAUUAUGUUACAAGACCUCACUGGGCAUCAAGAUGUGAACCGCGUACGAACCCUUUCUACUCUCUAUCAAUCCCUCUCUGUUCAAGACUUGGAUAAUUAUUUGAAAUCUCUAACCCUAUGUUCACUGGCAGAAAGGAGUUCAUUGAUCUCAUUUGUAGAAAUGAAGAUUGAGAAAAAGGGAAGCUGUUUCUCAAAAUUGCCAAUACUUUUCUCGAAUUUUAUGACAAUUGCCAACGCUGACUUCAUCUCCGUUCCAAAGGAAUUUUGGAGACUCGUUGACAAGAUAACAUUAUUUUUAAAUGAAAAUUUGGAAUCUAUACCACUGCAUAUUUCGAAGCAUCUAAUCUCGAACAUCUCUGAGUUUUCCUUGAACAACGCCGAAUCGAGGAGACUCUCGAACAUUGCCAACGUUGCUUAUAAUGCCUUCAUAAUUCAUAAAACGGAAGUUUUUUUGAUCGAUGCAGUUAGACUUGAUUGUCAGGCGCAAAUGAUGAACGAGAAUAAUGAGCUGGAUACUGUAAAAAUUGAGAAAUUCAUACUAAUGGUAUCUGAAGAGUAUCAGACCAAACUAAUCACAAUUUUCUUCAAUGUUUACACCUUUUUCAAGCAUGAGAGUUUAAGUCAACUUUCUACCACCAUCGCACGGCUUUCAAAAAUCUUGCGGGGCUUGAGAAUAUCCUCAAUACCGAGCGUCGGCGCCAUGUCUGAGCUAAUGCUGUGUUUAUUGAGUGUAUCUCGGCAUAAACUGACUGGUGUAACACGACACUGGAGCCCUUUAACGCAAAUGAUGUAUCAGAGCAGCCAUGUCAAUCAACCGGGUGCGGACGGUAUAGUAAUGACUAAAAGUGAUGAACUCGAUCCCUUAAAGCGCUAUGAGCAUCUCAUCAAAACAGGAUAUUAUUUGAGUUUGGAAGCGAGUCUAGGAGAGUCCCUUCGUCUUUCGAAAAUUACAAAUAGCUAUAUCGAAAAAUGGGUGGCAAGACCUGAAACUUUUGGAGAGAAGAUAAGCGACUUCGAAAUUUCGUUGAUAAGUUCCCUCUUUGAUGCUCUAAGGUUUCACAGGUUCUACAGAAAGAUUAUAAAGCUGGCAGCAGCAUUUAAAGUCCAUAACGGGCCAUUUUAUGGAAAAAUCGCCAGUAUUACGAAAUGGCAGCAUAUCUGUGGUUAUAUGGGACUUCAAAUGAACAGCAAGGUGGAUCGCAUUCUUGAGGGCCUUCCUCUGUUUUGUCCCUUGGAAAGGCUUGCAGAGAUGAAUAAUGCUGAACUCAUAGAUUUCGUAGAGGUUAAGCUCAUUUCACUGCAGCUCGACAAGGAUAGUAGCGUUUUCAAUCGAUUUUUUGCCAUCGAGCUACCAAAGGCAAGAUCUGAGAUUGCUGAUAUAGGCAAUGCGGCAAAGCUGCCAAGCAAUAUCUAUCUCAAGUUUCUGCUGCUUAAUAUCAAGAUUUUGGACACUAGCGCUAUGCUGCAAUUUGAGUAUGGGCAGCUGCACGACUCACUCAUUGAGUCCAAGAAAUGCCUCAAACUUUGCCAGACGCUCAUAAAAAAAAUGUCGAUUCUUAGCCAAUCCGCGAAGUGGGAAUUGUCGACAUUCUUGAGCAAAGCGUUUGGCAGAAUAAUUGACGUCUACAUGCGCGUAGGAGUUGCUAAGGAAUGUGAAUUUUACACUACUGAAUAUCUGAGAAUUUCUUGCUCUCUAAGAGCCCCGAUUGUACUUCACGAUUGUUUGCAUAUAUGCAUCGAAUACUACAAAUCGACUGGACAAGGUGAACUGGCGAGAACACUUCUGCUAAAAGCUAACAAAACCUUUGACAGCCUGGAUGGCAGCGAAGAUAUUGACGCGCUAUUGAAGUUUUUGUUCAACAACGAUGAGAAAGAGAAUCUCAGAAAUUCCUUGAAUUUGUAUUUUCAGGAAGAUGCUACUCAUUCUCUCCUCUAUGAUCGCUGGAUAUUGAAACUUGGUGAUACUUUAUCUGCACCUUCAUCCAACUCAUUGCUUAAUAGAAUUAAUGAGGUCAACAAAGGAAAGGCAUUGUACACCAAAAUCACUAGUCAGAUGGACCUUGACCCACUUUUUAGAAGUAUUAAGGAAUCUGUCACAACGCUGCCGUCCUGUGUCUGGCCAGCGCAACGACUUCCCCAUGCGAAAGUUAUUCGACUCAACAUCAAUGAGUUUGGGACACCAGUUAAGGGAAAGGUCACACCAUUUGUAAAUUCUCCCCGUCCCUCUUCUUUGACUCCUCGCGGUAAAACACUAAAGCAGAAUUUUGACCGAGCUAGAGCUGUAAGGGAUCUGCAUGAAGUCAGGCGUUUAAUCGAGUCUCUCGAUUUAGAGGGAAUGAAAUGCUUUGAGGUUGCAGAAGCCGCAGAUCUAUACGCUCUUUCCCUUUCACUUUUGAGCAGCAUCGAUGCUCUUAAAUUGAAAUCUUCUGAAGUAAAUCAAAGAAUGGUGUUACAGGAUGCUCCAAAGUUUACAGCUUUGUACUAUGAUAAGUUGUUUUCUCAACAAGGCAAUGAAAUCUAUUCAUCCUUCAUCCCAAAAAAAAUUGAGUCUCCAUCUUGUUACAUCAAUGAACAAAUGCAAGCUUUAAAACAUUCUUUGUCGCAUGCACUUUCCACUUCCCCUGUGGCGUUUAAUAUUAUUGGGAUUGAUACCUGCGGUAUUACGGGCGAUCUAAUCAUCUCGAAAUUAGAGCGCCAUAAGGAACCUAUCUGUGUCAGGCUACCAUUAAAUAGGCAGAGUUCUAGAGAUGUUGAUGAGGUGGCACUGCAGUUCAAUGAGGCGAUCGCGGAAUUGACGUACAUCAUAAAUGAAAGCAACAGAUCCACGUCAAUUGAAACAACGUCAAGAAUCGAUACGAGGGAGGACCGAAGACAGUGGUGGCAAAAUCGAUACGCCCUUGAUGCUCGGUUACACGCCUUACUGGGGAAAAUUGAGCGUUCCUGGUUUUCUGGGUUCAAAGCAUUCUUCAAUCAAAAUAUUGUUAAACAACAGGACCUUGAUGAUUUCAGAGUCAAAUUUGAGGAUGUUCUUCAACGGAUCUUGCCCACCAGAAAGCAAUUUGGUGCUCCCAACUCUUUCUGCCGCUUAGAUGAUUUUGUACUUGAGCUUUUUUUAAAGCUUGACCCGAAGGAUGGCAAUUUUGUGGAGUUAAUGGAAGACCUUAUUUUCUUCGUAUUCGACUUGUUACUGUUUCAUGGAGAAGAAAACGCAUACGACGAAAUUGACACUAAUUUAAUGCAUAUACAAGUGGAGGAACUAAUCAACGAGUACCGGAAGAGCGCGCCGUCUUCAUCCAAACUAGCGCAUACUUUUCUCGUGGUCUCUAGUGCAGGCCACCUUAUACCAUGGGAGAGCUUGAGUUUUUUAAGUGCAAAUUCAAUAAGCCGUAUGCCCUGUAUCCAAAGUCUGGCACAAAUGUUGGAGAGCCGCAGCCAUCCACUACUAGCAAAAAUCCACUUAGAUGGGGAAAUCGCAAUGGUACUUAACCCUCAUGGCGAUUUGACCAGAACACAAGAUGCCUUCGAGGGACUUUUCACUAAUUGGAAGGAAGUGGUACCCAAUUCUAAACUGUUAAUAGGCGAAAAACCUGAGGAGAAGCAACUAAUCGAAAUGCUGACAUCUUCCAAAGUAUUCUUUUAUAUUGGCCACGGAGGAGGAGAACAGUAUGUGAGGCUCAGGAAAGUUAAGCAAUUGGACACCGUGGCUCCUAGUUUCUUAUUGGGCUGUUCAUCUGCGUUUAUGGAGCCUAAAGGGAAGCUAGAGCCGUCUGGUGUAGUCUACUCCUAUUUACAGGGCGGAUCUUGCAUGGUGGUUGGUAAUCUGUGGGAUGUCACUGACAAGGAUAUUGACAAAUUUAGCUCCACGCUAUUCCAAGAGUUGGGCUUGACAUGCGGGGAUUCCCCUCCUAAGACCGUUCCAGAAGCGGUUUCCCAUUCUAGACAUUCUUGUCACUUAAAAUAUUUGAACGGUGCAGCACCCGUUGUUUAUGGUCUUCCUUUGAAAUUUAUUCGAGAGCCAGGUAUGUGA